AUGUACAGCGAUGAAGUGAACUUAAGUGGGAGUAAUGUGAUGGGAGUGUUGUAUCUGGCGAAGAAAUACAUUGUGCCUUCACUAGCUGAGAACUGCUCGAAAUAUCUGUCGAAGAAUUUGGAUCCAUCAAAUGUUUUCAGUAUCCUUCCUUCUGCUCAGAAGUAUGAGGAGAAAGACCUGGUGGAUCGGUGCUGGGAAAUGAUAGACGAACAAACAGCGGAAGCUGUGGAAUCUGAUGGAUUUGCGACAAUUCAGAGGUCCUUAUUUGAAUCAUUAGUCGUCAGAGACACCCUUAGGAUCAAGGAAGUGAAACUGUUUAAAGCUGUUGACUUGUGGGCUACAAACGAAUGUGAGAGACAAGGUUUAGGUGCAGACGGUGCGAAUAAAAGAAGAAUUCUCGGUGAGGAAACAGUUAAAGCGAUACGCUUCCCAACAAUGACGCUAGAAGAUUUCGCAAGUGUAGUGUUAGACAGUAAAAUUCUUAACUCAGAUGAAGUUUCCAGCAUUAUCAAAUAUCUGAGUUCAGUGUCAAGUUCUACAGGAGGAUUCUCAGAUUCAGAAAGGUCACCUAUUUCUCAUACCUGCGGUGACAUUCAACGUUGUUACAGAUUUAAGAACUUCAGAGGGCUUCUCUCUGAUGAAUGUGGCAUGAUACCUGCUUUUCGUGUCAUUGAAUUUUUCGCCGACAGAGACUUAUGGUUACAUGGGGUGUAUAUCUGUGGUAUAAGUAGUAUCUCAAAUUGUCCAAUAGAGUUGAGUUUAUGGAACAAGAAAAGAAAACUGACAGAGGUUUCUGGGAAGUUUUCCGCAGAAAUUGUCCAUCGCCCCAAUGGUACUGUCUAUGCUGGUUUUAAAAUUUUAUUUGAAAAAUUGACACCUUUGAGGAAAAACACAACGUACCGCGUUGAAGCGAAAAUAUUUAGUACUGUAAACUGGGCUGGAGAUGAAAUUAUUAGUACUUUGACUUGUUCUGGUGUAACAUUCACGUUUAUCAAAACAUCUGUGGAGGACUUUCCUGAGUUAUUGUUCUCCUUCUAA